CAUGCGUGGGCAUUCUCAUAAAAAAGCAACCGAACCAACCACAUACAACCACACAUGCGUAUACAUUGGUCCAUUAAAAUGCGAUAACAGUAAAAUUACUAUGAUUAAUCAAACAGAAAUCCACAUACCAGUAUUAUCAGCAAAUUAUUACAAGACUACUUAUACCACUCGAUGCAUUAAUACUAAAAUUCUAAACGUGACUCCAAAAACAUCUGAGCACAUAACCUAAUUAACUUUUGGGGAAACAUACGACUAUCAACAUUGCGCUAACCGAACAUAAUGAAGAUGUGAUCUCACCGACAAGGUAACAUUUGUCAAAUCUACGUAAUGUCAUAAUAUUUUAUAUCUAAAAGGACAGUGUAAUGGAAAAUCAUUCAGUUCGUAUAAAUUAUGCUCUAACACCUCGCGACACAGAACAACCGUUAAUACAUGAUAGCCAAACUAAACAAUACACAGACAACAGUAAAAAGCGCGAGGAAGUAAUUGUAUUAACGAGCGAAGCAAAAGGUGGGUUGUUUAAUCCCAGAGCAUUGCUAUUUUUAACAUUAUGGUACUUCUUCAGUGGGUGUACUCUGUUCUUGAACAAGUACAUUCUGUCUUACAUGGAAGGAGAUCCUACUGUUUUAGGCGCCUGUCAAAUGUUAAUGACAGCUGUCUGCGGAUUUAUACAAAUGUAUUUUCCAUGUGGAAUGUACAAAGCAAGUCCUAGAUUGAUGAGACCAUCAGGAUUUUAUAAGCACAUGAUACUGGUAGGAUGUACAAGAUUUACAACGGUAGUACUAGGAUUAGUAUCGCUCAAUUAUGUAGCGGUGAGUUUCACAGAAACUAUUAAAAGUAGCGCACCACUCUUUACCGUCCUCAUUAGCAGAUAUUUAUUAGGAGAACAUACAGGGUUAUAUGUAAAUUUAUCUUUGAUUCCUGUAAUGGGUGGUCUAGCUCUAUGUUCAGUGAAUGAAAUCAGUUUUGAUCUCAGAGGGUUUGUUGCUGCUAUGGCCACAAAUGUAACGGAAUGUUUACAAAACGUUUAUUCUAAAAUGUUAAUCAGUGGUGAUAAUUUUAAAUAUACGCCAGCGGAGUUACAAUUUUAUACCAGUUUAGCUUCAAUUGUGGUACAAAUACCAGUGUCAAUUUUAUUAGUAGAUUUACCAACACUUGAGCAUUCCUUCAGUUUUAAAUUAUUCAUGGCAUUCCUCCUUAAUGGAGUCUUCUUCCAUUUUCAAAGUAUCACUGCAUAUGUACUUAUGGAUUAUAUCAGUCCAGUAACACACAGUGUUGCUAAUACAGCCAAGAGAGCAUUUUUAAUUUGGCUCUCUGUUUUGUUAUUUAACAAUCCGGUAACUGGUUUAUCGGCUUUGGGAACAUCCUUGGUAAUAGCGGGAGUAUUAUUAUAUAAUCGCGCACAAGAAUAUGAUAGGUUAAACAAAGCGAAAUUACGAUAUAAUUCGAAAGUUAAUUUACAGUAAUAUAAUUCUAAAAUUAAUAAGAAUUUAUAUUCAAUAAAAAUAGGUGUUUGCAUCAAGCACAUUGUCAUUAAACUUAAAACAAAUUUAGUAAUAAUUUUUAUAAUGAUAUAUUUUAUUCAUUAUGGUGACGAAAUGUUUGCAGUCUCAAUUAAAGUACGAAAGUGAAAAAUGUAUCUUGCAUUCUAGAUGCAUUUUAUAAUAUAGCUUUAAUUGAAGACAUGACGGUACAAAUGAACAUGAUCAUAACAAGUUGUAUUAAACAUUAAAUAUAACAUGGGAAAAAAAUAAAGGUAAUGUAAGUAAUUUUUGAGCAGUGCAACUCACAUAUGUACAAAUUUAUUUAUGUAUAAUCUAUAACUGACUUUUGUUUAUAUAUAUAU